AAAUUGAAAAGGAAGAGACUGGCGUGGAGUAAGGCCAGUGAAGAUGUUCUGCUUGACUUGUGGCCAGGUCGGUUGGAGGAGAUUCGUGGACAAAGGAAAAAAGGCCACAUCUAUGCAGAGAUGGCAGAUGAGUUAUCGAAGUUGGGAUUCUCGUAUAGCUCACGAGAUGUACAUGUAAAGUUGCAAAACUUUACACAACGGUACAGAAAAGAAAAAGCGGCAAUGGGUGCAUCUGCAGGAUCGCCUUCUACAUGGUCGCAGUAUGGAAGGGUUCACCAAAUUAUUGGAGGCUUUAAAGCAAACUUGUUUUCCGAGUUAAAGUCUGAAAGCAUUAAUGAUUCUUCCACAUCAUCAUCAUUUCCGUUGAAUGAACUCUCCUCGUCUUUACCACCAGUUUCACCAGCAUCUGAUGAAGCAGGUACUACAGCCUCAUCGGCAGAACCUGCGAAGAAAAGAAAAUUGGAAAAUUUUGAGAAGUUGUCCACCGACAUAUCGGAGCAUCGUAAUAAAUCGAACAAAUUGAAGAGGAAGAGACUGGCGUGGAGUAAGGCCAGUGAAGAAGUUCUGCUUGACUUAUGGCCAAGUCGAUUGGGAGAGCUUCGUGAACAAAGGAAAAAAGGCCACAUCUAUGCAGAGAUGGCAGACGAGCUAUCGAAGCUGGGAUUCUCAUUUAGCUCACGAGAUGUUCAUGUAAAGUUGCAAAACUUUACACAGCGGUACAGAAAAGAAAAAGCGGUAACUGGAGGAUUGCCUUCUACAUGGUCGCAGUACGGAAGAGUUCACCAAAUUAUUGGAGGCUUGAAAACAAACUUGUUUACCGAGUUGAAGUUUGAAAGCAUUGAUGAUUCUUCCACAUCAUCAUCAUCAUUGCCGUCACCGUGUACACCAUUGACUGAACCCUCCUCGCCACUACAACCAGUUUCAUCAGCACCUGGUGAAAUAGGUACGCCUGCCUCAUCAACAGAACAUACGAAGAAGAAAAGAAAAUUGGAAAAUUUUGAGAAGUUGUCCACCGCCAUAUCGGAGCAUCUUAAGAAAUGUGAGGCAAAUGAAAGAGAGCUAAUUGCAAUAGAAAAGAAGAAGGCAGAUAGUCUUGACUGCAUCGCAAAAGCACUUAUUUCCUUUCUAAAUAAAAAAUAAACUUUUCUUUUUAAAUAAAAAUUA